UUAAAAGGUAAUAAGGUUGCAUUGACAUAUAUUGUAAAUGCAUCCUAAAAAUGAUGGGAAAUAUUAUUUGAUAUGUGUGUGUGUGUACCCUAUGCCUUAGACUACACCAUCAGGAAAAAGGCCCAGCAGAGGUUGUACUUCCUACACCAGCUCAGGAAGUACAACCUGCCUCAGGAGCUGCUGAUCCUGUUCUACUCCGCCAUCAUCCAGUCUGUGCUCUGUUCCUCCAUCACUGUGUGGUUUGGACCGGCCACCAAGCAGGACUGAGACAGGCUACAACGGGUAGUCAGGUGUGCAGAGAGAACUAUUGGUUCCAGCCUGCCCUUCAUCCUGGACUUGUACACCUCGAGAGUCAGGAAACGGGCUGGAAAGAUCACUGCAGACCCUCACACCCUGGACACAGGCUGUUCCAAUCCUCCCCUCUGGAAGGCGCUACAGAGCCCUGUAGGCCCAAACCAGCAGAGACAGGAACAACUUCUUCCCACUGGCCGUCACUCUGAUGAACAGUUAAUCAGACACAUCCACAUACUUGCACUAUCGCCACAUUCUUCUGCACCAACAUCCCCUAUCAUUGUCACUGUUGUUGUUUAUGUUGUUUUAUAUUGUACAUACAUUUGUGUUGCUAUUCUGAUGUCUUCCAAGUCUCUUUUUAUAUUUAUCCUGUUAUUUGUAAAUUGCAUGUACGUACAAUGAGAGUGUACGUGAAACCGGAGUCAAAUUCCAUGUAUGUGCACAUAUAUAUGACCAAAAAACCUGAUUCUGAUUCUGAUCCUGAUGUAAGCACAGAGUCCACCUCCUUUGUCCCACAGAAGUCCUGUGCUCUGUCCUGCUGUCCGCCGGUCCAGUGCAGCUUGAUCCGGGAUGAAUGAUGGAUAAUAAUGAUAUUCUGCAUUAACAAUUCUGAGGAAACCAACAAUUUGUUUUGCCAUUAAUUAGAUCCAUGACAUUUGUAGACUCUUUCGUCCGCAAUAUAUUUCAAUAAAUAAAAUCUUCAGAAGAAAACAACUUCUGAGAUGCCAGCCAAUACCAUGCCUGCAGUAGAGAGGGAGUUCCCUUUAAUAUUCAACUAUAAAUUUGAGAAACACUGUGCAACACCAAUGCUAUACAGUUGGACAUGCUGUUUAACAUACAUAGAGCAUAUUCCUGUCUAAUAAUUUAUGUUUUUUACAGCAUUGCAUCCAGUCUUCUAUUUUUGUUUUUUAACUUUCACACUUUUGGCUUAGGAGCAUUACUGCAAAAUGAGAAAUACAUCGAAUUUCUCGUUUGUUAUAUUUUCACUGUCUGGCUUCAGCGCCACUGCCAACUACAAAAUAAUCCUUUUCUCUCUCACUUUUCUAUGUUAUUGUCUAAUUAUCUGUGUUAACAUGGCUCUCAUUUUAACUAUAAUAUUGGAUCAAAACUUACAUGAACCCAUGUAUGCUUUUAUAUGUAAUCUGUGCAUGAAUGUACUUUAUGGGACUGCAGCCUUUUAUCCUAAAUUUCUUAUUGAUCUUCUGUCUGAUAUUCAAGUUAUAUCAUAUGAAGGAUGCCUUUUACAAGUCUUUGUGAUAUACACUUAUGCAACGAUUGAUUUUUCUGUUUUAGCUGUGAUGGCCUAUGACAGAUGUGUGGCUAUAUGUCGACCCCUGCAGUAUCACUCUGUAAUGUCUGUGCGAAGGACUGCAGUUUUAAUUGGUUUGUCCUGGCUGGUGCCUUUAUGCUGUAUAGUUGUGAUUAUAACUAUCACAUCUACAUUGAAAUUAUGUGGAUCCCGCAUAGAUAAACUCUACUGUGAGAACUGGUCAAUUGUCAAACUAGCUUGUAGUACAUCGCGAGCAAACAACAUUGUUGGAUUGAUUUUUAUUGCUUUUUAUUGUGUGCAUGUCAUCUUCAUUGUGUGUUCUUAUGUGCGGUUGGUAAAUUCAGCUUUAAAAUCUCAAGAGGGCAGGAGAAAGUUUAUACAGACAUGUGUGCCACAUUUGUUAUGUCUGCUUAAUGUCACUGCCGCUUUGCUUUUUGAUGUUAUGUACUCUCGGUAUGGAUCAGCAUCCGUGCCCCAGAGUGUGAGGAAUUUCAUGGCGAUACAAUUUCUCAUGAUGCCCCCUCUUCUCAACCCUAUAAUAUAUGGACUGAUUCUGACUCAAAUUAGAUACAGAAUGGUGGCAUUGUGUCUGAAGGCAGGUCAGAGAUUUAAGUUGAGACUGAAGGCUUGAUUUUUAGAAUUAGUGUACCGUCCUGUCUGAAACACGACACUGGUCUGAAGUCUGUUUACAGAGACAGUUUCUAUCAUCCAUUCUGCACAUUUUAUUAUCAAACAAUCAGGUUUCAUACAUCAAAUGCAUGAAGCAAUUACAUGAAGCUUACAGCAUCUGAACACCUGCAUCGAGUAUGAUACUUCAUUUUAAAAAGGAAGAUCACACAUCUUCUUUACCAGGAGCAGAGCUCAAAGGAAAACAUUGUUUAAAUCAGGCCAGAAUAUUAAGAUCUGUAUUAUUCUCUGGUCCCUGACCAGUUUUCAAACUGUUGUAAAAUGUAAAAAGAGUCAUGAGAGUCCCAAGUGCAAGAUGCCAGUUUAAUAUAUGUGUAACAAGUGAACUGAAUGAUAUAAUAUUGAGAUAUGUCUGGCACCUGAUAUUGAUUUAAUGUUAUUCUUUAGACACUUUAAACUUUUUACAAUAUUGUACUUGUCUGUGGAAAUAUCCUUUCACUUACUUUCACAAUAACACCGGUUUCGUCGAUAGUGAACUUGGUCACUAUCUUAGACUACUGCAACUCCCUCCUUUCCGGCAUUAAUCAAAAAUCCAUCUCCCGCCUCCAACUAGUUCAGAAUGCAGCAGCUAGGCUUCUUACUGGUUUUAACAGACGACAUCACAUUACCCCAGUCCUGGCCUCUCUCCACUGGCUCCCUGUUCGUUUUAGAAUUGAUUUUAAGAUUUUGCUGAUCACUUGUAAAGCACGCCUCGGUCUGGCUCCAAGCUACAUCAUUGAGAUGUUAGCCCCUUAUGAUCCAGCACACAGCCUUAGAUCCUCCGGUGGGGCCCUUCUGGCCGUUCCAGAGUUGAGGCUUAAAUCAAAGGGUGACCGUGCCUUUGCUGUUACAAGAACAGCUUUUA